UGGUGUGGCACAAUGACCGCACAAGGGACCUUAGGUGAUUUUUCUCCACAAGGAGAAAUCUCUCCUUUGAGGACCAAGCCAUGCCUCCCGAUCCCCUUAGUCUCUCUCUCUCGCUCGCUUUCCUUUUUUUGCCUUUUCCAGGUUCAUUCCCUAAUCACAGGGCUCUAUUCUGCCAAUUCCCACGUGCUACCUAUCCAUCCUGCUCUCUCUCCACUCCUACGAGCCCAGAGAGGUGGCAAGUUGCCACUUCCGGUUGCCUCCCAUUUCAGCUAACAAGAUGCCGCUCCCUUUACGAGACAUCUUCCUCCCAGCGGCUUCUGAGGAUCCCAGUGGGUUUUUUGAACCCCGUGUGGACGGUCACCCAUCAGAAAAAGGAUUCUGCCUGAAACUUGGACUGAUGUGCCGUAGUUCAUAGGGUCAACUCUGGUAUCCAUUCUGUGGAUUAGUUACGACGUCUGCUACGUCUUCCGAUGGUUUCAUUACUCAUCCGCACAUCCGAUGGGAGCGGAGGGAGGAGGGAAGCAGGUACGAGCCGGGAGGGGAGGGGAAGCUUUCCAAUGACUCCAACCCCUCGCUGAGUCCUCGACCUCUGUCAUUCCCACAGUGCUUAGCGUGAAGGUACACCUGGCAAGCUGGGGCUGGCCGUGUCUCUGUCUCAAAUGCCUGUUGCUGAAGUAGAGAUGUGGGUAUUUGGGAUCGUCUGGUUUCCCCCUGUAGGUGGCAAGCUCCUUGAGAGCAGGGACUAUGUCUUCCUCCUCUAACCCCCAGAGCAUCGAGUAUGGUGCUCGACCGGCAGCGGGUGUUCACUUCAUGUAGUUGGCUGACAGAUGGCUAGCAGAUCUAGUGAAAGGAUGGGCGAGAGGAGAGAUUGAACUGCUGAGCCAAAAUGAAGAUCGGGGCUCUCGGUGGAUUUCCAGUCUCGGGGCUGUCUUUGUCUUUCAUAGGCACGGAUAAUCCAUCACCAGCCGAUCUUUCUAUGUUGUGAUUUCAAGGGAGAGGCCGACACCAAAGCACUUAACUAAACCACUGUCCGUCUCCUUCCAGAGAGCCACAGGCCACCUCAGCUCACCAAGAUUGAAGAGCGGUUCGCUCCCUUCCCCAGUCCCAAUGGUCACCACUGCUCCUCUCUGCCAUCAGGGAGAGACAAUGUGCGAGGGUAAUGAGUUGACUCCGAUCAACACCACCCAGACCCAUCUGGCCCCACUAGCGGUGGUGCUGGGGGGCGUCUCCCUGGUCACCGUGAGCCUAAACCUCCUCGUGCUGUACGCCGUGAAGACGGAUAGAAAGCUGCACACGGUGGGCAACCUGUACAUCGUCAGCCUCUCCGUGGCCGACCUGAUCGUGGGCGCAGCCGUCAUGCCCCUGAACAUCAUGUACCUCCUGGAGCCUCCCAAGACCUUCGGACAGCCGCUCUGCCUCUUCUGGCUCUCCAUGGAUUACGUGGCCAGCACCGCCUCCAUCUUCAGCGUCUUCAUCCUGUGCGUCGACCGCUACCGCUCGGUCCAGCAGCCCCUCAAGUACCUGAAGUACCGAACCAAGACGCGGGCGUCGACCAUGAUCUCUGGAGCCUGGCUCCUCUCUUUGCUGUGGAUCAUUCCGAUCCUGGGGUGGCGCGGGGCCCAAGGCGAGAAAUCCGGAGCAGGCGACACCAAGUGCGAGACGGGUUUCCAUAAAGUCACCUGGUUCAAGGUGAUGACAGCCAUCAUCAACUUCUAUCUCCCCACCUUUCUCAUGCUGUGGUUCUACACCAAGAUCUACAAGGCCGUCCGGAGGCACUGCCAGCAUCGCGAGCUCAUCAACGGCUCUUUCCGGUCUUUCUCGGAAGUCAAGCUGAUGCAGGACAAGAAGGUCUGCACCAAGAAGCAAAAGAAGAAGCCCGGGCCCAAGUCUUCAGGGCCCCCCGUGGACCCCUCCUGCCACGCCAAUAACAACCUCGCACCACGCCAGGACCCAGUGGUCACCCUCCAGCCGGCCGAGAAAUCCGCCAAGGUGGUCAUCAAGGAGCAAGACGGAGACGUGGUCGUCAAGGAGCAAGACGGAGAGGGGGUCACCCAACACUGCUUCCCCAUCACCAUUGUGCAGAACCAGCCCCCGCUGGAGGAAGCAGAGGGAGAGAGCGUGCCUGCCAAGCGGGACCAACCGAGCCAAGAGAAUCUGGCCCCUGCCACCCUGGAGCCAAGCGACACUUCUGACGAGCACACCUUCGCCGACCUGACCUCCUGCCAGACCGACUCGGAGUCGCCUGUGGAGCCAGCUGCCGCCCCUGAGAGCCAGGAGCAGCCCAAGGGUCCCUCCGGGCUGGGGGGCUACCUGAAAUACACCUGGAAGAGGCUGCGCUCCCAUUCCAGGCAGUACCUGCCGGCACUGCACAUGAACCGGGAGCGCAAAGCCGCCAAGCAGUUGGGCUUCAUCAUGGCCGCCUUUAUAAUCUGCUGGAUCCCCUACUUCGUGUUCUUCAUGGUCAUCGCCUUCUGUACCGACUGUUGCAAUGAGAAUUUCCACAUGUUCACCAUUUGGCUCGGCUAUGUGAAUUCCACGCUGAACCCCCUCAUCUACCCUCUUUGCAACGAGAACUUCAAGAAGACUUUCAAAAGAAUUUUACACCUGCGCUCCUGAAGCCGGACCUGAAGGUCGGGGAGCAACGCUUCGCCUGUUUCUUCAUCAUCCUCAUCGUCAUCGUCACCGUCACUAGUUGUCUACUGAACCAAUAUGUAGAUGAGUGAAUGAGCGUCCUGUGAUUUUUUUCAAACUAUUCUGAUGUGCCAGGUACCAAGGAAACCAGACAGAGGGUGGAAGAUUUGGAUAGUUAACAAGUCAUUGUCGGCAGAAGAGUCACCAGCGGUAGUGUCCAGGAAAAAUGUAAAUUCCAACUAUCUAAAGGAGAACUGGGUCACAGCAGGGCUCCUUACACCUCAGGACCUUCAGUAAUCUCAGGACUUUCAUUACAGCUACAGGCUACAAGCUGUGUAAAACUAAACAACUUUAGGUUUCCAUUAUUUAGAACCAAACAGUGAACAGAGCUCUAAGGAAAUCAUGGACUUUAAAUAAGAAGACGCCCGCCAAAACAAAAGAAAACGAAACAAAACACACACCGAGUGAAAACCCCCCCAGGAAGAAAUGAAAAAGUAUGUUUGUCUUGGUUUUAAUGUUACUCUAAGAAUGUAAUUUAUUAUUUAAGUGUCGAUGUUAAAGCAUAUAGCAGUGCUGAAAACCAAAUCUCCUGCAAGAUGUGGUAUUGUGUGUCUGUAUACAAGCUUCUGUGGUUUAUUAAGUGAUUUAUGAAUGUGUGGUAUUUUUAUGUCGCUAAAAUAUGAAGUUUGAGCUGUUCUAAAAUAUGACCUAUUUAUUUAUGUCUUUCUCGAACUCUCUAGCACCUUUUAAGAAUGUCAAACUGUAUUGUCGAGUGCUUUAAAAUUUGAUAUGGGGUAUAUGUUUUGUUUGGAGUCGUGUUUGUACAUUUCAUUUGAAUAGAAAUUAUUUUUAUAAAAGCUAUUUGUCCUAUGCUUGCUAAUUGAGCUUCUGCAGAGUCCUCAGCCUGCAGAGAGCUGCUGAGUUUAGAAUUGUAUUGAAACUGUUUCGUAAGCUGCAGCUGUACUUUUCCAGGUUGCAAACGAUACAUCAAAUGUUCUUCAAGCAUAUUCUGUUUGGGGCCAAUUCCUGUGCAGUUGACAUCGUGACACAAGACUGCAAGGGCAUGAGUCACUGUGGGGCCGAAAGCACCCAAGGAAACUGUAAAGAGAGAAAAAUCAGUGGGUAUUCAUCUCCCUUCCCUGCCACCUGAGCCCAGCCGUGCCACCCUCACACCAGCCCGAGAUGGCUUUCUCCCAUUUCCAGAAUGAAGCUGAGUGAGGGCGGAGUGAGAAGGUUUGGCUUUUAACUCUGGUUUACGAUCCAGAGGUUGAUAAAUCAACACAGUCUCUGGGCAGACAGACAGACAGUCAGAUCACACACACAUACACACACCUGGGCCCCUUCUACCCAAUGCGUUUUCUUAAAACUUUUUCUACACUGGUAUUCUUUUCUUGCCUGAGGUAGGGGGAACUCAUCUGGGGGCCUGUAGGUAGUCUGCAGGACCUGGGUGGAAGACAUUGCAUUCCUCAAGAUGUUUGCUAAUAUCAUGCUUCACUGUGUCAAUGUAGACCCAGCCUGAGCCUCUCCAGGUGAAAUGGCCUUUCAAAUGAGAUUUCAUCUCAAGCAGUGUGUGUAGUGAAGGGUUAGACGUGAGCAGUGUGCUCAUUAAAAGCUCUAACGAAAAAAGGGAAGCGUUGCCUCAUGCAAAGUUGAAACUGCAGCUGUGUUGGCCUGAAGUCAAGGGGUACUGUCUCCCCCAAAGGCAGAGUGAUUAGAAACAAGGAGGGUGGGACUUCCUGGCAGAUGUGAUUUUCCUGCCAUAUGAAGCUCUGGCUGGAGCAGAAGGCAAUUCUUUCUACAGAAUACGGUUGCUUGGAGAGAAUUACGAAAUGUCUUUUUUCUGUUUGUUUGGCCAAAUGCUCAAAAAGGAAAAAAAAGAAUUAGCAUAGGGGGAGGGAGGCAGCAUGCCAGAGAUUGAUGACACCAAUUCUAGGAAACAUCAAACUGCGCUAUACCUCCUGUGUACAGUGCAGUAGCAAGGUAAUGACUUGUUUUCCUGGGUCAGGCCAGUGAAGCAACGUGAUUGGAGGAAGCAGCUGAAUCUUAGCUAAGAGUUUUUACCUUUAGCUGGUAAUGGAGGAUCUGGGCAGGUCGGGGGUAGUCACCUAUAGCCAACGUAGUCGCAGUGGUAGAGCACUGAGGGAGAGAUCUCUAGAUGCUCAAAUUGAAAUGGGAUGCUGCUUAAUUUGGGUGAGGACAUGGAGCCUGAACGGUCUUCUCUGCUGCCCUUUCUCUCACCUGGCCAUUUUGGGAAUUGGAGUCAGUACAAUCACUGCCCUCUGAGAAUUGGCUCCGGCUUCUUGCUCCCGCUAGAACAAGUGAAAGGGCGGGUAUCGGAAAAGUUUUUGCAGCUCCACGGGCUGGAGGAAGUAACAAAGUGACACUCUGGGCCCCCUUUCCUUCCUUGUCAGCAGAAAGAAACUGCUGCUUCUUUUCCCCGUCCCCUUUCCCCGGGUCCACCGGCUAUAAGAAAAGGGAUGUAACUGUAGUAACGGUGAUCGUUGGAGUAGUGGUGGUUUUUAUUAAGUCCUUACUGUGUGCAGAGCACCGUACUGAGCCCUGGGAAAGAGUACCGGUGGGAAUUAAACACGGACCCUGUCCCUCGAGGGGCUCACGGAUUAUGAAGAUAGACGGGGGAGGGGAGUGGAGACAGACACAUCGGAGCGAUGAGAUAAUAAAACACUAAGCAGCAUAGGGGCCAAGGACAAGUACACAAUUCACACAAUAAAAAUCAAAAGUCAGUAGAGAGCGGUAGCUAAAGGAACAGAAUUUCAAGCUCCUCGUGAUUCAGAGAUUUGUUCUGAGAUCCUAGGGGAUCCGGCCUGGCUGAGACCUGAAGAAUUUGACAGCAUAAUUUGUUUUACUAGGGAUGGGAAUGGAUAGCAAGAAGGGUGCAAAGAUAGAAAGAAGCUUUCUGGCUGAUGCAGAAGAAGUGGGCUCGCAGGCAGGGUGCUUUCUCCUUUCAGUGCAACCCAGACUCUUUGCAGUUUAACCCCAUUGGUCCUCUCAAAGGAGAUUACAAACCUACUACUUGGUGCUUUUUAACAACCUUGGAAAAAGUGGUGGAAGCUAUGUAAAACAUUGGUACACAUCUGUCUUUUUGAAAGUGAUUCAUGUGCACAUGCUCUCACUAAGCUGUGGAAAUGCCCUCCUUCAGCAUUUGAAAUCAAACAAUAAACAGGCAAUUCUCUGUC